AUGAAUGCUACAUGGGAGCACUCUGACUCUAAUAGUACCCAUUAUUUCAAUGAAUAUGAAACUGCCAUAUUCUCAGUCACGUUAAUCACCUGCUGCACGGGACUCCCGUUGAAUGGAAUUGUCAUCUGGCUACUCGGCUUUCAGAUGAAGAGAAACCCUUUCACCGUGUUGAUUCUGAAUUUAGCUAUUUCUGACUUUGGGUUUCUCAUAUUUGCGGCUUUGUAUUCACUUGGUGAUUUUAUAGCUGUUCAACCGUUUCAAAGUUGGGUGAUGUUUUAUUUGUUCGACCUCAUGUAUAUCAAUGGUCUGUUUCUUCUGACAGCGAUCAGCGUGGACCGUUGUGUGGCUGUUGUCUUCCCGAUGUGGUAUCAUUAUUCCCGGCCAAAGUAUUUGUCUCCUGUUGUGUGCGCCCUCCUCUGGAUCUUCUCUUUCUUCCUGGUUGGAAUUGGCAGCAAUAUCAAGAAUUUAGUUUUUUCUUAUGUUCCCUGGGAUUUUGAUCUGGUUGUGACUGCUGUGGUUUGCCUUCCAUUGAGCACGAUUUCCAGUCUGAUCCUCUUCAUCAAAAUAUGUCUUAAAUCCGAACAAGUCAAACGGGGAAAACUUUUAGUGAUGAUCUUAAUUACUCUUCUCUGUUUCCUUAUUCUUACCCUUCCACUAUACAUUUAUGUGUUCACUACUCUUUUUCUUGGCAUCAAUCAUACCUCGCUCAGUUUUCUAUUUUUUUUAUAUUUUAAUCUCUGUUCUUGCCUGAACAGCAGCGUUAACCCAGUGAUCUAUUUUCUGGUUGGCAGAAAGAAACAAGCUAAGUCCACGGGGAGCAUAAAGGCCAUUUUUCAAAGAGUCUUCAAAGAAGAUGAAGUUCCUGAAACCACAAAGAAGUUUACAAAAACAGUUUCAAGUUGA